GUGUAAUAGUCAUUUAACAUGGUUAUUCAUUCAUAAAUGUAAGGGUCCCUACUCAAAACUACCAGAAAAGGGCAAUGUAGCACUGAAUUAAGUUUGGAAUGGGCAAUUGGCAAUUUCUCUGUUUCUCUUUUCUUUUUUAUUAGGACUCUUUGUCUGGUGGUGGCUCAUACUCAAUUCUCUCUCUUUUUCUAUUUCUUUGUGUGACAAUGGAAGGUGGACUUCCCAUGCUUAAUUGUCUCUUGCAGCACACGCUGAGAAGCCUCUGUUCAACUUCUGAUUCUUCUAACUCCUCGAAGUGGGUGUAUGCUGUCUUUUGGAGGAUAUUGCCUCGUAAUUACCCACCUCCAAAGUGGGAUUAUGGAGGAAGUGUUCUUGAUCGUUCCAAAGGCAAUAAAAGGAACUGGAUUCUUGUCUGGGAAGAUGGGUUCUGUGAUUUCUAUGAAUGUGAGCGUGUGGGAUUUGGCUACAUAAAGGGGAGGUUUGGGGCUGAUGUCUUCUUCAAAAUGUCUCAUGAGGUUUAUAACUACGGAGAAGGAUUAGUGGGAAAAGUUGCAGCAGAUAACAGCCACAAAUGGGUCUACAGAGAAGCCAUAAAAGAAAAUGAUCCUAGCUUCAUCUCCUCCUGGAAUACUCCUAUUGAGCCUCAACCAAAGGCUUGGGAAAUUCAGUUUAAUUCUGGCAUUCAGACAAUUGCCGUCAUUUCUGUGAGAGAAGGAAUUAUUCAACUGGGUUCAUUUGAUAAGAUUUUCGAAGACCUCAAUCUGGUUAUCAGCGUACAGAGGAAAUUCAGCUAUCUACAGAGCAUCCCAGGCGUCUUCGCCAUACAAAGGCCAUAUCUACCCAUCCAUUUUCCCUACAUCAUCAAACCCAAUAUUGAGAUGAGCGAAAGCCAGGAAACAGCUUACUUAGGUGAUGACAAGCAGCAUUUAUCCCGGGCAAAAAGACUGUUCAAUGAAAUUCCUCAAUAUUCUCCCAUUAAGUCGAUUAACUUUGGGUGGAACAGCCCUCAAAACGGCCUUGCAGGGGCUCCUAUUUGGUCAAUACCUCCCUUUUUGCCCACCAUGUCUUGCAGUCUUGGAGCUCUACUAGCCAAGUUACCUUCUGUGGUCCCUUCCAAUGACAUCAAUGAAUCUCCUGCCACAGCCCUCAUCAACAACCAAAACAGCAUUAAUGCGAUGUCUCAGAAAGAGAAGAUUGAUAAUGAACUCCAAGCUGCUGACAGAAAAGUAGAGUCCUCAUGUCAACUAGAUGAUCAAGAACAGAAGCCGGUAUACAUAAACACUCAGUUAGAGGUGAAGGAGGUGGGGGAAUUAGGAUUCGAAGCUAUGAGGGAGGAGGGAGAAAUCAAUUAGGAGAUGCAUGUUAAUGAUGUAAUCUUGGAAUAAACUUUAUCUAGUGUAAUCUUAAAAUGUCGAUGCAGUGGAUUUAAACUUUUAUUCUUA